AUUCCUGUAUUGGCAAGACGGUAUCAGUGGAAGAUUGUCUAUCUAAUUAUUAGCGCGAAUAAUACCUGUACAAUAAUCGAGAGACAAAUAACAAUACAGGAAAGUUUGUAAUAAAAGUUAGAUCUUUUUAUACAGUAAAGAAUGGGAAAUAAGAAUAGUUCGAAAGCGGAAGAAGAUAAAGAAGAGUUGGAGCGACAACGUCAAAUAAAGUCUAUCGAUAGGUUCCUUAAAGAGCAUGGAAAAGCUGUUGAAGGUAUCAGCCAUAGUGUACAAACUCAAAUGGCUCUGGUAGACAAACUUUACUAUGAAAUAAAGGAUAAUGUUAGCGUAAGAGACAUUGACGGAACCAUAAAAAAGAAUGAAGGUCAAGAGCCGAUAAGGUGUUGUCACUGUACAUGUACAAGCAAAUGGCAAGAGAGCACACAAAGACUUCUUGGAAGUGUCCAGUCAUCUUUACUGUGCCAAAGUGACUUAUUGUACGGUUCGUUCCAAAGAUUAAAUUCAUGCGUACGCAAAAUAAAAGAGUAUUACAGAAUUGAAGAGGGAACGUCUGUUGACAAUAGCAAGAACAAGUUUUAUAUAGAAUAUGAAGGUUCACCAACGAUGGAUUAUAAGAACGCAUACGAAAAAUCCAAAACGAAAGUUGACUCUUUGAAACAAUCAAAUGAGGUCUUGGAAACCGAAAAGGUACAACUUAAAGAAACAAUACAAAGACACGAAAAGUACAUAAUGGACAAAGAUGAAGAAUUGCAAAAUUUGCAAAACGAAAAUGCGAGAUUGGAAAGCAAAUUGAAUGAGUUAAACGAAAAAUCUGAAGGUCUAGAACAACAAAUACAAAACCUACAAAGCAAUGUCAAAGUUUUAAGAACGGAAAAAAAUGCGCUUGAGCAAGGUAUCGACAAAUCAAAGCAGACAAUUACAGUUCAAUUAUUUCAUAACCUAAAGGGCGGCAUGAUUGCUACAUUAUUGUACGAGCUUAAAUCGAUGCUGGCAACCCAACUGAACAUUAAAAGACACGAAGUUCAGUUUCUUUUAUGUCAAACAGAGACUGACGUUAACCCUCAAAUACCUAUUUUUGUGUUCUGCAUCAAUAGUUCACGAUUGGGAACAGACGCUGGAUUAGCAAUACAAAACUUAAAAGUGUCAUCUAAAAUGGCCAUAUUAAUAUUCCACCACAAAGACGUUCAUGCAUUACCAAAUCAGGCAAGUGAGAGAGUAUUAACAGAACCGGAGUUCAAAGGUCUAGGUGGAAUUUUUGAUAUCGGAUUUCUUUCUGGAAAAGGAAUAUAUGCAUGUGACAUGAACCGUGCUGCUUCAGCUGGUAUUGAAAGUUUUCUUAGAGCAGCACAGAGUUAGAAAACAACCAGCUAGUGAAGGAUUUUUUUACGGACAAUCGCAUUGUUUUGACGUGCCAUUUGGUUUGAAACAACUAUGUAUAUGCAAUCAUAUUAUGGUGUAAAUUUUAUCUGCAAAAAUAUUUGCAUGAAUUUGCUUCAUUUUCAUAAAUGAUCUUUCAUUUCAAAAUAUUUUCUUUUGGUAACGGGUUGACAGGCAACAUUAUUUUGUCAUUAUAAGGAGUGUUCAAACUUUAUAUAAUAGAGGACCAAUUUCACUUUUUUUAACAUUGUUACAUAUGCAUUGUAUACUCAAAUGUAUAAAAUGUUAAGGCUUUCUUUAGGGAUUCUGUAUUUAUCUAUUUUAUGAUCACAUCCGUGUUAUUUGUGCCGUGUGGCGGCUGUAAAAAGUCUCCCCGUACAUUUAAUCAAUGAUGUUAUAUUUUCGAUCCUUGAAGAUCGUUCAGCACGACAUUAUUGUUGUGCUUGUGGUAUUUUUAGUUU